AUGAAUUGGUUUCGGCCAUGGUUAGCGGACCCUAAUGAUAAAAAUCAUACGGCAAAAUCAUCAUUUCAUCAGCCAGUUGAUCAAUUGGAUAAUGAUAAUAACAAUCAAUUAAUAUUGUAUAAUUACUAUUAUUGGUUAUGGUUUUCCAUUCACAAUAAUCAUCAGCAUGGACAGAUCGAGACGACCACCCGACGCUUGCAAUUGAAUGGAAGCAUUGCAAACAAAGACAGCAACAAGAAACCAUGUGUGAAAAAAUUCAUUUGCCACCUAUGCAGCAAUCGAUUCAAUAAUCGUAGCCAAUUGACCAGCCAUUUGCGAACCCAUACCGGUGAACGGCCAUUUCGAUGCGAUUUCGGUGAUUGUGGCAAAUCAUUUACGCGCAACGAAGAACUGACCAGACAUCGUCGUAUUCAUACCGGAAUACGUCCCUAUCAAUGUGGAUCUUGUCCAAAACGUUUUGGUCGUAAAGAUCAUCUAAACAAACAUGAACGUAUCCACCUUCGUGGUCGUCAAGUUUGGCCUGCGACUGAUUGGCACGUUUCUCAACCGCGAUCAAAUUCAUUUGCGAAUGAAUAAAGCAACUUUGUUCAAUGU